AACGAUUCGAAUUGCGCGCGCGCCCUCGUCCUCUUCAAGAAAUGCAGUCUGAGUUAAAGUGAAGUUAUUCAAAGUGUAGAAGAACUUUAAACGGCCAAGAACAUGGUGCCAGUGCUGAAUGUGGUUGCAUCCGUUGCAAUAGUUCUUCUGGUGGUGCUGAAUCGAGCAGUGGAGUGUGUUACAAACAGUAAAACAACAAGUUCCCCGUCCAGUAACGAUGGGGUUAAGGACUUGAAACCGGACGGGACGAGCUUUUGGAGUCCCCAGCCGGAGUAUUACGAUCGGGAUCGCUACAGCAGGCCGGACCGGACGGAUUUCGUGACUUCGUUUGGAAGUAACGAGAAUAAGUACGGCGGAAGUACGACGGCGUCCUAUGGAAACAAGGAUCGAUUUGGAUAUGGCCCCUUCAGUACCACCGGCACCGGUAGCGGCAGCGCAUACUUCACCUCGGGAGGAAUCUACGACCGAAACAAGCCGCUACACUAUGGUUCUCCCCAGCCCGUGGAGUACACCCAUGAUUACGACAAUCACUACGACUACAACUCCCAGCAGGGUCACGGUUACAGCCUGGGGCAUCACCCGUACGGCAGUGGCAAGGACCUGGCCAAGUCGGUUCUCAUCCCGUUGGCUGGGGCGGCACUGCUUGGAAUUGCCGCCGCCUUGGUGGCCAACCCGGUCCUGCUGCACCUCGGAGUGGCCGCCGGCAAGAAGCGCAAGCGAAGGGACGCCGUCAUGGCCAACGCCCACAAUCUGGCGUACCGUGCCCAACUGAGGAAGCCUCCGACGUAAGAGCAGGUGCAGAACUCAUACCGGAAGACCGACCCUGCCCAUCAAAUGGAAAAAAAACGAUGCCAAAAUCAAACUGUGGAACGUGUGUGUUGCUGAAGCUAAGAAAUGGAGAUGAAUAACCAUUGUUACCUCGCUCGGUUGUAGGAAAUUUGUUCGUACAAUGCUUUUAUGUUUAGUAGUAGGUAAUUAGUUGCCGUAAGUUGUACUGUUUAGUUUUAGCCAAGUCCCCUUCGUAAACGUGUCAGUAAGUUAUAAGUGCAAAUAAAUGCGUAAUUUAUGAUUGAAAAAA